UUCCAUCCCGCACAGACGAAAAAUAAUGUCGUGUUCCAACAGGAUCCUCUCCGCUCUCGUCCGGGCCAACAAGGCUGGCAAGCUGCGCUGCCUCUCGGCCACGAGGUGCAGGUCCACGGCGGCGUCCACCCAAGAGAAGGAACAGCACCAGCAGCAGCAGCAGAUGGUGGACGGACGAUGCGCCGUGGUGGAGGCUGAGCCCGUGGAGCUCAUCAGCCCGGGCAGGAGUUUCCAAGGCGGGCAGCCGCAAAGCAAAAUCAGCGUGGACUUCAACAACACAGAAGAAGCUUACAAAAGUAAAGACAACGCGGAGCUGCUCAGGAGUCUGCUGGUUUUCAAGCUAUGCACCGUGGACAUGUUGGUGGAGAAGAACAAGGAGUUGAUGGAUCUGAGCAAGAAGGUGCUGGGUAAGUGGCUCUUUGAGAAGAUGAUGAAGAUGACCUUCUACGGUCAGUUUGUGGCGGGCGAGGACCACAACGCCAUCAAGCCGCUGAUCCAGAAGAACCAGGCGUUCGGCGUGGGUGCCGUGCUAGACUACAGCGUGGAGGAGGACCUAACGCAGGAGGAGGCCGAGAAAAAGGAGAUGGAUUCGUGUGUGUCUCAGGCCGAGAAAGAAAGCCCAGCUGCUGAUCACCGUGAGAAGAAGUACAGGGCCCAUCGGCAGUUUAGCGACCGACGCGGCGGCGUCAUUAGCGCCCGAACGUAUUUCUAUGCCGACGAGGUCAAAUGCGAUAACCAGCUGGAAACUUUUAUCAACUGCAUCAAAGCCUCAGGUGGAGCUUCUACUGAUGGAUUCUCGGCCAUCAAAAUGACAGCUCUGGGACGCCCACAGUUCCUUCUCCAGUUUUCGGAAGUUUUAGUCAAAUGGAAGCAGUUUUUUAAGUUCUUGGCAGCCCAGCAGGGGAAAUCAGAAAUGACAGCUCUGGAGCAGAAACUGGAACCGGAACAACUCAAAGAGACCUUGACCAAGAUGGGUGUCGCUGCUCAGGAUGACAUUGACAACUGGUUCACCGGAGAGAAGCUGGGACUAUCAGGAACCAUAGAUAUGCUGGACUGGAACAGUUUGAUAGACGACACAACCAAAAUCUCCAAUCUUCUCAUGGUGCCAAACCUUCAGACGGGGAAGCUUGAGCCCCUGCUGAGCACAUUCACAGCUGAAGAAGAGCGACAAAUGAAGCGAAUGCUGCAGAGAGUCGAUGUUCUGGCCAACCACGCCAUGGCGCACGGCGUGCGGCUCAUGGUGGACGCCGAGCAGACCUACUUCCAGCCCGCCAUUAGUCGACUGACCUUAGAAAUGCAAAGGAAAUUCAACACGGAGAAGCCCAUCAUCUUCAACACGUAUCAAUGCUACCUGAAGGAGGCCUACGAUAACGUGACAGUGGACGUUGAGCUGUCUCGGCGGGAAGGCUGGUACUUUGGUGCUAAGCUGGUGCGCGGGGCCUACAUGUACCAGGAAAGAGCCCGGGCAGAGGAGAUCGGUUACGAGGACCCCAUCAAUCCCGACUAUGAGGCCACCAACAGGAUGUAUCACAAAUGUUUGGAGUACCUACUAGAGGACAUCGAGCACGGUCGCAAAUCAAACAUCAUGGUCGCCACUCACAACGAGGACACGGUCAAAUUCACUUUGGAGAAGAUGAACCAGAUGGGCCUUUCACCCACUGAGAACAAAGUCUACUUUGGACAGCUGCUCGGCAUGUGCGACCAGAUCAGCUUCCCGCUAGGUCAAGCGGGUUUCCCGGUGUACAAAUACGUUCCGUACGGACCAGUGGAUGAGGUCAUCCCUUAUCUGUCCCGCCGCGCUCAGGAGAACCGCGGCUUCAUGAAGGGGUCACGGCGGGAGCGCAGCCUACUGUGGAAGGAGCUCAAGAGGCGCCUGCUGGGGGGGCAAAUCUUUUAUAAGCCUGUCUACUGAGUUGCAGAAGCACCAGUUGAUGCAGGCAUUCGGCCAUUUUGAGCAUAGACCUCCAUUUUGGGCUGAUGGGGUUAUUAACUUUUUUAGAAGACCUGUGAGACUCCAUAUUUUUUUAUAAACAAGUGACUAUUGUCCUCA